AUGGACAUCCGUUCACCACUGCUUUCGCCUAAACCUAAGAAGAUUUAUAAAUUAUAUAAAUGGAGGUGGGUAGUUUUGGGACUGUUCUCUUUGAUUUCAAUGUCGAAUGAAGUAAUUUGGAUUAGCUUGUCAUCAAUCACCAGCAUCGUCAAAGAUUACUACCAUGUCGAUCUCAAUGCUGUAAACUGGCUGUCAAUGAUAUUUGGGCUCUUCUUUGUAGCUUUUGUCAUUCCAGCGUCUUACCUCUUAGAUAAAUAUGGCCUAAAAAUAACAAUCAUUGUUGGUGCCAUUCUCAAUGCCUUAGGAAGCUGCUUGCGAGCAAUGGGCGCAAACCGGGAUGGUUUUACGCUGGUAUUUAUUGGUACCACACUGGCAGCACUUGGCCAGUGCUUUGUUUUAUCAAUUCCACCACGAGUAGCAUCUGUUUGGUUUGGGGAGAACGAGAGAGCGACUGCUUCGUCUAUUGCAAUUCUAAUGAACCAUUUCGGAAUAGCUGUUGCUUUUUUGCUUGCAGGGACCCUAGUUCCUAGCAGCAAGAACAUGAAUGAUGACGUCAGACGAGGUAUGCACAGAUUGUUAGUAUCGCAGGCAGUAUUUUGCACAAUUCUUGCAGUUGCCAGUUUCUUCCUCAUAAAAAGGGAGCCACUCACCCCUCCAAGUCGUUCUCAAGAAAUGGUCCUAAAAAUAAAAAGACAAGACUUGGUAAAAGAAAUUGUGGAUUCUUCAGAAAAUGACUUUGGAACCAGCAACAAUACUGAAAGUGGGAAUGUCAAUUCAGCCAUAAAUGAAGGUGCACAUAACACAGAGACUAGCUUUUUGUUUCAAGAAGAUAACCCAUAUGAUACCAAACUAAUUAAUGGCACCAAGGAGUCAAAAGCUCAACGUGUUCCAUCGUUUGGUCAAUCGAUCAUCAUCCUUAUCAAGGAUGUACAGUUUCAUCUAAUUGCUCAAUCAUAUAGUAUUUCAGGCUGCCAAGUUAUCGCUUACAACACAUUGCUUAAUCAAAUGGUGGCUUCAAAAUACCCAGGUAAAGAAAAGGAGAUUGGCUAUAUGGGUUUUACGGCUGGACUUUGUGGAAUGUUUGGUCUACUUUGUAGUGGUAUUUUACUCGAUAGAACUAAGCUGUACAAAAGCCUCACUGUUGCUAUUUUCGCAGCCUGUGCUUCCCUCAUGCUCCUUUUUUCCGUGCUUCUUGAAUUUGUUCACAGUUUUCUGGCAAUCUUUUUAAUCUUUUGUGCUUUUGGAUUUUUUUCCAAUGGCUUAAUCAAUAUUGGUUUGGAAUAUGCAGCUGAAAUAACUUAUCCUGUUCCUGAAGGGACAACAUCGGGCAUCAUUUUUCUGUUAGCCAAUUUGUAUGGUAUCAUUUGGACGUUUCUUCUGAGUGUUGUUAUUAAGAGAUGCGGUGGUCACGUGGGUGGUUACUGCAUUGCUGCCAGCUACACAAUUAGCUUGAUUCUUGUUUUAUUUGUUUCUGCUCCCCUCAAAAGAAGCCAAGUUGAUCAAAGUCUAACUGAUUCAUAAUUUAUCGAUGGUUGAAUCAACGAUUUUUAAAAACCUGUGUCACUCAGUCUAAGUGCCUUUGUUAAAAUGUCGGUACAUAAAUUUGUAUCUGAUGGCUA